GCAUACUGCAGCAUCCAGAUGGGACUGUCCUGAAGCAGUUGCAGCCACCACCUCGUGGUCCCAGGGAGCAGGAGUUCUACAAUAAGGUAGAUAUUAUCUUCUGUUUAGACCAAGAAAAUCUUCUCUUCUGAAACUGCUGGAUUUGCUUGCAGCUGGAUGUGUGAACAUGACAGAGUGAUGAUCUUUCCAACCCCCCCUUAUUUAUUUCAGGUUUAUGACCCUGACUGUUGUGACAGCAUUCUUCUGGAGCUGCGGAAAUAUCUGCCAAAAUACUUCGGUGUCUGGUCACCACCUACUGCACCAAAUGAUACGUAUCUAAAACUGGAAGAUGUGACCCGUAAGUUUAAUAAGCCUUGCAUAAUGGAUGUCAAAAUAGGUCAGAAAAGUUAUGAUCCAUAUGCUUCGGUGGAGAAGAUACAGCAGCAGGUCAGCAAGUACCCACUGAUGGAAGAGAUUGGCUUUUUGGUACUCGGCAUGAGGGUGUACCAUGUCCCUUCAGACAGCUACGAGACACAAAACCAACACUAUGGAAGGAGCUUGACCAAGGAAACAGUAAAGGACGGCAUCUCAAAGUUUUUCCACAGUGGGUACUGCUUGAGAAAAGACGUGGUAGCUGCCAGCAUUCAGAAGAUUGAAAAGAUUUUGGAGUGGUUUGAGGGCCAGACACAACUCAACUUUUAUGCAAGCUCAUUGCUUUUUGUCUAUGAAGGUUCGUGUCAGGCAACAACUGUGCGGUUGAGUGAUGUCACCUUGGUGGAGAAGAGAGGAAUGCCCAAAGGCCUGUUAUCAGGUGGAGAUGUAUUGGAGUGUAAUAAUAAUAUUCACGUAAUAAAUUCUACAGAGAAUGGAAAGAUUGAAGCCUCUGUAAGUAAAGGCUUGUCCAAAUUUUACGCACUUCACAAAAAGUCGUGCCCGAAGAGGCACCACAGUCAGCUCUCACUAAAAGUUGAAAACUUGGAGCAAGACAACGUGUGGAAAAGCAGCACGUGCAUUGCACAGGAGCACCUGAACGGAAACGUUCUACCCCAACUGGAAAAAGUUUUCUAUCACAUGCCAGCAGAGACCAAGGAAAGUGCAAACGUCGAAGUCCGGAUGAUCGAUUUUGCUCACGUGUUUCCCAGCAACGCAAAGGAUGAGGGCUACAUUUAUGGUCUGAAAAAUCUAAUCACAGUACUUCAAAGUAUUUUGGAUAACUAAAUUCUUUGCUAUGUUUUUUAUUGGGGCCAAUGAUAAAGAGCAACAACAUGAAGAAUUUCUGCACUUGUAA